AUGGCCUCUUCGACAACAUCGGGGAUUUGGAGCUCAAGUCCCUGGCGCUCACGCACCACGAGAGGCGCACGGCAAGUGUUGCCAGCUCGACACAAGACAUGGCCGACGCGCUUCUGGCGCGGGCUGCGGACGUGGCCCGUUCGCCCAUGGAGUUCGGCCCGGGCGGAAAGCUGUGGGCUCAGAUGA